CGCUAUCGCUAUCUACCUACAUAACUCAAUGGCAAAAAUAUUUCCCGUGUGAUUGGUCAAUCGAAAGCUCAGUAUUGAGUCAGCAGUUUCUGAAGUUCGAUGUGGCCACGGUUCCACGCAAAUGUCUACCAGCUGCGAAAUCAAGUUCGAUGAGAAUCCCUACGGAGUGUACUUCCCGGGGCAGGCGCUUUCCGGAACGGUUGAACUCCGCUUGGGUGAAGCGGUGAAGGUCAAAGGGGUUGCUCUUCAAAUCAAGGGCAUUGCCGACGUACGAUGGACCGAGAGUACGGGAACUGGAAAGAAUCGACGCACCAUCCACUACCAUGGACGACAGGAUUACAUGAAUUCCACAACGUAUUUGGCUGGAUCUAGAGAUGGUAAUAAUAUAGAUCUACUGCCUGGAAUCCAUACGUACCGCUUCUCAUGUGUUCUACCAACCAAUCUGGUCACAUCUCUGGAGGCCGAACAUGGUCACGUUCGGUACACGGUCAAGGUGAUCCUUGAGCGCUCCUGGAAAGUCGACCAUUCGUACAAAGUAGCAUUCACAGUGUUGCGGCACGUCAACCUGAACGAGGAAAACUUCGACGUACGUCUACCGACCAAGAUGGCGAAACAGAAAACCUUCUGUUGUGGCCCUUGUAGUUCCGCACCGAUGCUCAUAACGGCCGAAACUCCAAUUUCCGGAUACGUCCCGGGACAAACCAUAGCUGUCCACAUUGAAGUCGACAAUCAAAGUAACAAAAACCUGGAUGAGAUUUCUACCAAGUUGAUGCGAGUGGUGUCCUUCGUCAGCCAAACGCCGUACACUAGAGUUAAGAACUUGUCCACUAUAGUAGCUCAGGUUCGGUGUGCAGGCGUUCAAAGGCGCAACAAAGGUAGCUACGUACAACAUCUCCUAGUUCCACCAUUGCCACCAACCAGCAAAACCUGCCAAGUUCUGACCGUCAACUACAUGGUCGAAGUGGAGGGGAAAAUCUCCGGUCCGGCUAUCAAUCCCAAGAUCCACCUGCCCAUCAUGGUAGGAACCAUUCCACUGACCACCAAUGCAGUUCCCAACUUUGAUAGCGUACAAAACAUCACCACUCCAAUAGUGGUGCAGCCCAUGGCAUCCGCUCCAGAUGCAUACUCUCCAGUUUUGCCUGCCGAUCUACCUCCACCAAGUUACGAACAGGCUGUUCAUGGUAGCGGUGUCAAUAUCCAGGAAGAAGGGGAAGUCAACGAGAUUGGCUGGAGGGAAUUUACUCCAAGGUAUACGGUGUAUCGCUUCAGCGAGAGUGCUGCGACUUCAGCUGUGACGGCGCCACCAGAAGGGUCGGAGUCCGAAACGGCGAAAACUCCGAUGCAGAAGUAUUAAUCUAGAAUAACAUUGGUCUAUGAUAUUGUUGAACUUUAACUUCUAUUAAGAAUUAUUAAAACUUAGAUUUGUAUCGUA